AUGGCUUAUCUUGAUAGUGGAUCAGGCGAUAGAAGUGUCAAUCGAUAUGUUCCAAAUCAUAAAGUUUCCUUGACUGCAAAGGGCAAACAGCAAGCUGAGUUAGCUGGAAAAAAAUUGAAACAGCUUUUGAAAGAAGACGAUUCAAUAUUGUUCUAUACUUCUCCAUAUGAAAGAACAAGACAAACUCUAAAGGGUAUAUUAAAAGGAUGUGGGAUUGAUACUCAACCUGAUCAAGAUCCAAAUCCAGAUUCAAAUCAGGAUCAUCAAAGCAAAAGUAAUAUACGUUAUAGAAUCCAUGAAGAGCCUAGAAUGAGAGAGCAAGAUUUUGGUAAUUUUCAACAAGAGUCUGAUGAAAUGGAAAGAAUUUGGGAAGAAAGAGCAAACUAUGGCCACUUUUUUUAUCGAAUUCCCUACGGUGAAAGUGCUGCCGACGUUUUUGAUAGAUGUGCAGGCUUUAAUGAGACAUUGUUUAGACAAUUCAACUCCGAUAAAUUUCCCUCGAUUUUAGUCUUAGUCACUCAUGGAAUUUGGGCAAGAGUCUUCUUAAUGAAAUGGUUCAGAUGGACUGUUGAAGAAUUUGAAGAUUUGCGAAAUAUUCCCCAUUGCAAAUUUCUUAUAAUGGAAAAAAACAAGCAUAAUCACAAAUAUAACCUUAUAACCAAAUUGAAAACAUGGGAUUAUCAAUUCGAUAAAGAAAUUGAUGAGUACAAUUUACAAAACGAAAAAAGAGUCAUAAUGGAAUCAAACAAUUUAUCUGAAUCUGAAAUCGAUCAAAUUCUAAAUUCUGAAAAAGAUGCAAUCAUAGAUCAAAACAAAAAGGAAAAGCUUAUUAAAUUAGCAUAUCAAAAGAGUAAUAUCAAAGACGAAAAUUCAAAGAUCAACAAUAAUAAUAAUAAUGAUAAUGAUAAUGAUAAUGAUAAUGAUAAUGAUAAUGAUAAUGAUAAUGAUAAUGAUAAUGAUAAUGAUAAUGAUAAUGAUAAUGAUAACAGUGAAAGUAGUGAGAAUAGUGAUAAUACCAAUAAUGUCAAUAUUAGAAAUGUCAAUGUUAAUAACACUAAUGGUAAAAUGCACAAGAAAAAAUUUUAUUCAACUGAUUCAUUAUUUUCAAAUUUAUAA